GGGUGUUUCAACUUUCAAUAAUUGGUAUCAUUUUCUCUUCGAAAAACACUCUUCUCUCUUCCCUUUCUCAAGAAACAUGAGUAAAGGUCCGGGGCUCUUCACUGACAUCAGCAAGAGAGCCAAAGAUCUACUCACGAAGGACUACAGCUGCGAUCAGAAAUUUAUCGUCACGACCUACUCUGAAAACGGAUUGGCCAUUACUUCAACUGCAGUGAAAAAGGGUGGACUGUCUACAGGGGAUGUGGCCACACAAUGCAAAUACAAGAAUGCUCUGAUUGAUCUCAAAGUUGACAUGGAAUCAAAUGUUUCAACAACCAUUACUUUCACAGAGAUUCUGCCAUCCUUGAAGACCAUUGCUUCAUUUAAACUGCCUGAUUACAAUUCAGGAAAGCUGGAGGUGCAGUACUUCCAUGAACAUGCUACCUUUACUGCAGCUGUUGCCCUGAACCAGUCCCCAAUAAUGGAUCUUUCAGCAACUAUUGGCACUCCCACUUUUGCUUUUGGUGCAGAGGCAGGUUAUGAGGCUAAGUCGGGUAGUUUUACCAAGUAUAACACAGGCUUUAGCGUGACACAGCCCAACUCCAUUUUUUCAAUGAUUUUGUCUGACAAGGGAGACACACUGAAGGCAUCAUAUGUGCAUCAUCUGGAUCAGAUGAAGAGGAGUGCUGGAGUGGCAGAUAUCACCCGAAGGUUUUCCUUGAAUGAGAACACAUUCACUGUCGGAGGAUCAUAUGCUGUUGAUCCUCAGACAGCAAUGAAGGCAAGGCUCAAUAACCAUGGGAAACUGGGGGCCCUCCUCCAGCAUGAGCUCAAACCCAAGUCAAUCAUCACAAUCUCCGGUGAAUUUGACACCAAGACCUUGGACAAGAAUCCUAGGUUUGGGUUAUCCCUUUCUAUCAAGCCUUGAGUGUUCUUUCGAUCUGUUCUAAAGAUGGAUCCCUGUUGAUUGUCAGUGCCUUAGUGCCGUUUGGAAGAGAAGGGGGAAUAAAUAGUUCCACACACAUAUUCUUUUUUUUUUUUUUCCUGAGGUCUCUGCUUCUUGUGGAUUUUUCAAUGGAUGGUUGGGCCCUAUUUCCUUUUUCCAUUUUUGUGGAGUCAGUUUUGAUGCAGAUGCAUCUAUAAUUUUUUUUUAUUUUUUUGGUAAAUUGUCAUUUACUCAGUGAUGCCAUUGUCACUGGGACCUUAAUUCAAUUAAAUAUAUUGUUAGCCCAUCCAGAACUACUGGAGGCAGGUUGGU